UGAGCCGCUGCGCGCCCUGGACGCCGGAGGAAGCCCUCGCCGGCUGGGUCCGCACUCGGCCCCCGGUGCCAGCCGGGGGUGCGGCGGCGCGGAGGGGCGCCGAGCGAGUCCUUGCGUCCGCCCGGCGCGGCGCGUCCAUGGGCGGCCCCUGGAACAGCAGCGACGGCGCGGACGGAGUGCUGCUGCCCUGCGACGAGCACCUCUGCUCGCCCUUCCCCCUGGGGGCCCUGGUGCCGGUGACCGCCGUGUGCCUGGGCCUCUUCGCCGUCGGGGUGAGCGGCAAUGUGGUGACGGUGCUGCUGAUCGGGCGCAACCCGGACAUGCGGACCACCACCAACCUGUACCUGGGCAGCAUGGCUGUGUCUGAUCUGCUCAUCCUGCUCGGGCUCCCGUUCGACCUGUACCGCCUCUGGCGCUCGCGGCCCUGGGUGUUCGGGCAGCUGCUCUGCCGCCUCUCGCUCUACGUGGGCGAGGGCUGCACCUACGCCACGCUGCUGCACAUGACCGCGCUCAGCGUCGAGCGCUACCUCGCCAUCUGCCGCCCACUCCGCGCCCGCGUCCUCGUCACCCGGCGCCGCGUCCGCGCGCUCAUCGCGGCGCUCUGGGCCGUGGCGCUGCUCUCCGCGGGGCCCUUCUUCUUUCUGGUGGGCGUCGAGCAGGACCCUGGCGUCCGCGUGGUCCGGGACCCUAACGGAAGCGCGCCGCUCACCCCGUCGCCCCUCGGGGCCUCACGGGCCCCACCGCCGUCCCCGCCGUCGGGGCAUGAGGCGGCGGCCGCCGCGGCGCUGUUCAGCCGCGAGUGCCGGCCCAGCCCAUCUCAGCUGGGCGCACUGCGAGUCAUGCUGUGGGUCACCACCGCCUACUUCUUCCUGCCCUUUCUGUGCCUCAGCGUCCUCUACGGGCUCAUCGGGCGGGAGCUGUGGAGCAGUCGGGGGCCGCUGCGAGGCCGGGCCGCCUCCGGGCGCGAGAGGGGCCACCGGCAGACGGUCCGCGUCCUGCUGGUGGUGGUUCUGGCAUUUAUAGUUUGCUGGUUGCCUUUCCACGUCGGCAGAAUCAUUUACAUAAAUACAGAAGAUUCUUGGAUGAUGAACUUCUCUCAGUACUUUAACAUUGUUGCUUUGCAACUUUUCUAUCUGAGUGCCUCCAUCAACCCGAUCCUCUACAACCUCAUUUCAAAGAAGUACAGAGCAGCGGCCCGGAACCUGCUGCUAGCCAGACAGUCUAGACAGUCCAGACAGAGAAGUGUGUGCAGAAGCGGGGACACGGAGGGGGACACAGGAGGAGACACCACUGGCUACACAGAGACAAGCGCCAAUGUGCAGACAUCGUCCGCUGGCAUGGCCAAACAAGUCGCUUCCUCUCACAAGGCUGGGACUUCAGGGAAAACAGGUCUGUAGGGAAAGGACUGGAAGUGGGGAACUGAUGCCAUUAGGAAGAACUGGGAAGAGUGGUAAGGAUUUUGCAACUUGAUCAGCAACUUCAUCAGCAUGAUAUUUUUUUUUUUUUUUUAUUAAACCAAUGCAGGUAAUUUGACCAUCUUCUGUGGAUGUACCCCUGGAGGAUGUUGAUUUCAGCCUUGGGAAAUGCGACAUCACAAACUGUCUCUGGGGAGGUUUUCUAAGCCUUCGUUCUCCUAAGACUUGGGAAGCAUGAUUCCUCUUUUUCUGGUUAAUAAGUCGUACAGAGAGAUGCUGCUGUGAAAAUUUUCACUUCUGAGAUCAGGGGUGUGUUUGUAUUUUCAUGUUCUGGAUAUACAUGUAUGGGUGCAUAUACAAGGAACCCAGGAUAAUUAGAGCUUUUAUUCCAGAAAUUAUUUAAGGCAAAAUUUUUUAGAAGCCAGUGAAAGGAAUUCUGGGUCAAGGCCAGCUUCCAGGGGUCCCACCUCACUCCUGGCUGAGAACAAAUCAUAGAGUGAGGGACAGUACCAUCUUUCAGAACUUCAGUGCAUAAGCGUGUUGCAGCCCAGUUGUCCCUGAGUCUGCCCCCCGGGAUCUCCCAGUGCCACAGCUGCCUGGUGGCGGACACCAGCAUGGAAGCCUGAGGGCAGGGAGAAGCAGCAGGACUUGGCUUCCCUACAAAGUGACUACUCAUGACAUUUAUAAAGAUGGUUAUUAUCCCUUAUUUUCCUCAACUCAGUGGGAUACCUGUUGUUAUCAUUCCUGGUUUACAGGUGAUGGAAUCGAGUCUUAGAUGUCCUAGACAGCGACUGGUGGGCCUGAAGCUGAACACCCGCCAGUCUUUAAGAUUUUCAACCUCCUCCCAUCCAGAGACGUGGUACUCACAGCAUCUGUGCAAAGAUGCAAGAGUCAGUGGAUGAAAGGAGUCGGGGUGAAAGAGAAUGUGUCGGACAUUCCAACCAACAGCUCUGUUACUGUUUUGUGUUUUACAGUUUAUUAUUAUUUUUUUAAGAUUCGAUUUAUUUAUUUGACAGAGAUCACAAGUAGGCAGAGAGACAGGCAGAUAGAGAGGAAGGGAAGCAGGCUCCCUGCCGAGCAGAGAGCCCGAUGCAGGGCUCCAUCCCAGGACCCUGGGAUCAUGACGUGAGCCAAAGGCAGAGGCUUUAACCCACUGAGCCACCUGUAACACACUGUAAACUGUGUUUUACAGUUUAAAACACAGACCUGUUUUCACAGGGCUGCUGCUGCCUCCCUGACUCCAAGGGGCCUUGUUCGCUCCACAGUCUUGUGUGAAUGGCGCCCCCUGGAUGUGGGCAGGACAUAGAGUUCUCCAUUGCAAACCACAAAUGGUGAAGCUAUAAACGAGUCCACUCAACGUGCUGACAAAGGUCUGUCAUUUUAUACUGACUAACCCAAUACAGUGAUGCCUUCAGGUCCCCGUGAAGGGUCCUAAAACCUGGUCCUCCUGGAACAGCAGAGAAGUCUUGUCAGCACUGUGUCUCUGCGAAGGGGAGAGAGAAGCAGGUAGGGGCGCCUUGGGGCGGCAGUCCCUAAACUGUACACAGCAUGUAUUUGGUGAGUCUGUGGUUAACUAUGGCAGGAAGGCACUGCACACUGCACCCCACCUCCUUGAGAGUCACCACAGCACUUACCACAUCCGAGGCCCCAGGUUGUUUCACCCAGCAUUUCCUUGACUUCUCUUGUCCCAGAACCAUCUCCCCAUCCUCCCGCCUCAAGAAUUCUUUGAAACCUCAU